AGAUUCGUAUCGCAUUGUAAGCUCUGCAAAAAAAGCUCUCUCUCUCUCUCUCUCUCUCUCUCACACACACUCUGGGUCUCUGAGAUCUCGAAUCUAACCUGUGAACACCAUGGCUAUGGCAACCUCACCCCACUCACUCCUCCUCCAGAACCCCAACCGUCCCCUCCUCAAAAACCCCAUCAGCCCCACCACCCGCCUCAAUACUCUUCACCUCCCCGCCAAGCCCAUCUCAAUCAAAUGGGCCGCCACAGCAGCCCAGACCCAGGAUCAGCGCCCACUGACCAACACACCUGCUCAGUCCCAAGAUCGGGUUUUCAACUUCGCCGCCGGGCCCGCCACCCUACCGGAGAACGUCCUCCUCAAGGCCCAGUCCGAGCUCUACAACUGGCGCGGAUCCGGCAUGAGCGUCAUGGAGAUGAGCCACCGCGGCAAGGAGUUCCUAUCCAUCAUCCAAAAGGCAGAGGCGGAUCUCCGCACCCUUUUGAAUAUCCCCUCCGAAUACGCCGUCCUCUUCCUCCAAGGCGGCGCCACUACCCAGUUCGCCGCGAUCCCUCUGAACGUGGUUAAACCCGAAGACCCUGUCGAUUACCUGGUCACUGGGUCGUGGGGCGACAAGGCCUUUAAGGAGGCACAGAAGUUCUGUAAGCCCAAGGUGAUCUGGUCCGGCAAAUCGGAGAAGUACACGAGAAUCCCGGCUUUCGAGGGGCUGGAGCAGAGUCCGGACGCCAAGUAUUUGCAUAUAUGCGCCAAUGAGACAAUUCACGGGGUCGAGUUCAAGGACUACCCAACUCCGAAGAAUGGUAUUCUCAUCGCGGAUAUGUCUUCGAAUUUCUGUUCCAAGCCGGUGGACGUGUCGAAAUUCGGGAUCAUAUACGCUGGGGCGCAGAAGAACGUGGGGCCAUCUGGGGUCACCAUUGUGAUCGUCAGGAAAGAUCUGAUUGGGAACGCCCAAGAGAUCACACCCAUCAUGCUCGACUACAAGAUCCACGCAGAGAAUAACUCGCUGUAUAACACUCCUCCUUGUUAUUGUAUCUACAUGUGUGGGUUGGUGUUCGAGGACUUGUUGGAGCAGGGUGGGUUGGUGGAGGUGGAGAAGAAGAACGAGAAGAAGGCUAAGAUUCUGUACGAUGCGAUCGAUGAGAGCAACGGGUUUUACAGGUGCCCGGUGGAGAAGUCGGUGAGGUCGUUGAUGAACGUGCCGUUCACGUUGGAGAAGCCGGAGUUGGAGGCUGAUUUUGUGAAGGAGGCGGCUAAGGAGAAGAUGAUUCAGCUCAAGGGGCAUAGGUCGGUUGGGGGCAUGCGUGCUUCUAUAUACAAUGCUAUGCCUUUGGCCGGGGUUGAGAAUUUGGUUGCUUUCAUGAAGGAUUUCCAGACCAGGCAUGCCUGAUGAUUUUAGACAUUAUAGCAAUUUUGUUGUUUCUGGUCUUGUUUGCUAUUUAGUUUGUUGUUGACUGAAGUGCAUUUCAGGAUAAUGAUCUGGGAUGAUGUUCAUCUUCAUGUCCAGCAAGAGAAAUUUUAGUGUGUUAGGCUUUAGAUUAUUGUAAUGUCUUGAAGCUCCUGUUACAUGAGUUACUGAUUUGCAAAAUCGUUUAUAUGGAUUAUCUUGUUUUGAGUU